AUGGCGAUAAUGCCACGGUGCGUCAGUGCGGGCAGGCCUGUGUCCAUCCGCAAUAUCACGCUCCGUGGGAAGCUGAUUUCUAUUAUAGAAAAACAACAACUAAGUCAGCUGAAAAACAAAAAAGAUACAGGGAAAGAAUUAAAAGAAACCCUGAAAAGUAUGAAGAGUUUAAAAGAAAGCGACGGGAGCGUUAUUAUGAGAUCAAAAACUUUACACCUACUCCAGUGUCACCCGGCAGCUUAUGAAGAGCAUUCACGAGAACACGAAAAAGUUAUUGUGGAAGAACACAGAAGAAAUAAAGACGAUCGAAAACGUUGGAGGAGUUGGACACGAAAGUACUAUUUCAGAGUAAAUGAAAAAUGUAUAAAAUGUAAACUUUGUAACCGUUUAUUGAGAAUAUCCUGUGGUAGUACUGGCAACAUACACCGCCACAUAAGAUUAAAACAUCCUUUUGUUUAUUUUACUGAGAAUAAGCCAAAAGCGUCAACAGAAAAUGACGAUUCUAGCGAUGAAGAAACUGAUAAAGCUAUAGAACACGAAUUAAUUAAAAAAUCACAUAAAAUAGCAUCGAAAGAAAAUAAUCAAGUUAAAGAUGGUGCUGCAGUCGAAUCUAAUUUUCAUAACAGUCUAAAUAGAAAACCUGAUGUGGAUAAGACAGGACAAUCUGUUACAUUAUUUAUGAACACACGAAAACAACGUGAUACUUCGUAUAAACGGAAAUAUUACAGUUGGACACGAAAAUAUUAUCGCAAAAGUGAUAAAUCCAUUAAAUGUGUACUUUGUAGAGGAAUUUUCAGCAAUGUUAAUAAUGGUAACAUACAUCGACAUAUUAAAAAUAAACACCAUGAUGUUUACUUAAGUGAAACUUGUUCGAAGGCAACCACUAAAGAAGUUGGAAGUGACGAAACUAACCUUAAAGUAACUGAAAAUGCUGUAAAAGAAAUAUUCUAUAUCAAAGAGGUUGAUAAAAUAGUAACCAAAGACAAUGCACAGGAUGACGAGGCACUUGAAUCUAACAUAGAUGAAAGCCUAGCUGAUAUAUACGAUGUGAAUGAGACUGAACAAUCUCUCGCACUUGCAGAAAAAGUGGCAAAUCGGAAUAUUGACCGGAAAAAUUGGAGUUGGACACGAAAAUAUUAUCGUAAAAUAAAUCAUAAAUUGAUAAUGUGCAGAAUUUGUCACAAAAUUUUGAACAUGAAUAUACAUCGGCACAUUAGAAAUAAACAUCCAGAUAUUUAUCUUAAAGAAAAUCCGAUACCUCAGGAGUCUAUCGUCGACGAAGAAUUGAGGAUAAAAAAUCUAUGCGAAAAUAGUGCAGUCGGAACACGUAUGACCAAAUCCUGUUUUUGGAAUUUCUUUGAAAUGGUUGAACAAGAUCGAGUGUACAAAUGUAUGUUUUGUCAAAAAUCUGUCGCCGUAUAUCCAAAAAGCGUCGGCAAUCUGAAAAGGCACAUUGCUAAUGUCCACAAGAAACAAUUUGAUUUAAUUAUGAAGUACGAAGGCUUAGAAACGGAAAAAAUGAUUAGCUCUGCAGCAUGUGGAUCAGAAGAUCCAGGUGCGUCAAGCGUUGAAAUAGCAUUCUUGAGUUUGGAUGACGACGACACUACAAAACUCAAGUGUUCGAGAUGUGACGUAGUUCUCGAAUGCACAGAAGAAAAAUGGGAUUCUGUAUUAAUUCAGCACGUUCUGGAAUGUCAAACGAAACCAGAGCCAGUGCAAACAGAAUCCGAUGCGGAAAUUCUUAAAAACAUGGAAGAAUAAAGUGAAAAUUAGUGUAAGAAGUUGGUAGGCUAAGUUAAAAUUAACUUACUCGUAGGUACACUUCUUCGUUGUUUAACGACAUAUUGUAUUGUAGAUAAGAAACAUACUACUAGUAUUAUAUUUUAUUGUUGUAGAUCUAAAACUAUACCAGAUAUCGAUUUGUGUCUCCGUUAUCUAGUUCCACGAAUAAAAAAUUAUGAUAAUACAACUUUAAAUUAUUUAAAUAUAACUUUUAUUAGAAACUCGAUAAUUUAAAGGAUAUUUCGGGUCGAUAAUUUAAAGGACUAUACUAAUUGUACUCGUCUAGUUAUUUAAAUGUUAUUGUACUUACCUAUAUUAUGUAAUAUGUAUUAAUUACUAAAUAAAGACUUCGUGCUACUAUCGAGAUAUUUAUUCAAACAAUAGUAAAUUAUUAGAAUUUUAUUUAACAAAGUUAAAUACCUAUUAAGAAUGCCGUAGGAAAUUCGGAAUAGAAAAUACUGACUCUACUUAAAAGAGGUCCAAGUCCAACAGUGGAUGCAUAAAAGCCGAUAAUGACCAGUUAUUAUAUAGCUAAGCAAGUAAAUGUGGCGGAAUUCUCAGGGAAAAUAUUUUUUUAUUGUUUUGUCUGUGUAUCGCUCGUGUACUCUUCUAAUACUUCCAUACGAUACUUUCGAGCGCAAUGUACGCGCGUUUCCUGUAUGAAAUAAAUGAUAAUAAAAAAUA